AUGGCCUCGCCAUUCGACAUAUGUCGUCAGAGUGUGAUGGUUUAUUGGAAGCCUAACGCCCUUCAGGAGCUCUAUGUGAUGGCCGAGUACGCCUUCUCGACGACUCGGUGUAGGAGAGGGUAUCUUGCGGCUCAUAUGGGAGAUGCUGAAUGCCCAUCUUGUGAUGGUUAUUGUGAUAUCUGCAACACCGAGAGCUCCGCUCCGCCUAGAAAAAGCCUCAAGCACGGUCCGAGCGAAGACAAGAUCGUUAGAGAGGUUUUUUAUCAGCUCGAUGAGGCAGCUGCGAGAGGGGAAAAGUUGACGUUGUUGAAACUGAGCGAAAAAUGCCGGAAAAAUCUCCACUGCGAAAUUGAAGGAGUGGCAGUUGCUACCAUCAGCCUUCUCAAGUCGAGUCAUUUGAGGGAGACUUUCGAUGCUACUGCAUACUCUGUGAAUUCAUAUAUCGAAAAGCGAAGAACGUCCUCACCGCGGCACCUUUGGGAGUUCACUCAUCGAGAAAUCGGGAGUAGCGUGUCCCGAGUUUUCAAUAGUCGGGCGCCGCAGGUGGAACUCAAUGUGAACGAAGAAAAGCUGCGGAUUGUUGAGAGGAAGCUGAACCAUGGACGGCUUGAGAUCGCUGCGACUGUUGAUAAAGAUAUGCCUCCGCAGAAGAUUCUUUCCGCCCAGGAAAUUCAGAGCUGCGGAAUACGAUGGAACCAACUGGCAGUAACAGGAUCUGCGUGGAAGUAUUUGGCUAGGAACUCUGAUGAGCUCGAUAAGCUUUGGAAAGAUAUUUUGGUGUUCGCCCGUAUGAAGCCUGAGGACAAGGUGAACGUGACGAAGUAUCUUCAAUCUCGUAAGCUGGUUGUUGGUAUGUGCGGUGAUGGUGGUAAUGACUGUGGUGCUCUCCGUGCUGCUCAUGCUGGCAUGGCUUUAUCUGAGGCGGAGGCAUCUAUGGUAUCACCAUUCAGUUCAGGUCGUGAUGGUCGCUCCCUCUUCACAGUUGUUGAUAUGAUUCGUGAAGGUCGUGCGUGUCUUGCCACCAACAUCGCGACUCACUCUUUCUUCAUCGUAUAUGCGUUCAUUCUCACUACUUCUCGAAUUGUCGGUACUAUCAUAGGGAAUCAAGUUCCAGGGGAAUGGUUCUGGAUAUCCCAAGAUGUCCUCAUCAGCGUCAUCAUGGUGUGGACGAUGACUCUGUCGGGUCCGGCAGCAAAACUCGGCGACUAUCGCCCUAGUGGAUCUCUCCUUGGUUGGAGAACCAUUCUAAUGUGUACUGUCCCUAUCAUCACUUUUUUCCUCACCCAAAUUGUGGCACUUGCUUUCCUGUGGUCACCUUCUAACAGUGAGUGGUAUAGCCGUGUUAACACUCUCGACCUCCAAGUGCCGCCACAAGAGUGGGCGAAAAAAGGUGACAAUUACGAUAUGCCCGUCCAAGUCAUCCUCUUGCUUACGACACUCAGCACACACGCCUACGUUUCCUCAUAUGGAGGAGCUUUCAGAAGGAGUGUACUCAGGAACUGGGCUCUGAAUGUGAUGUACAUAAUCGUCAACGUCUUGCUCUUCAGUCUACUUUGGGUUCAGCCAGGAGAUCUCCCCUGUGUGUUCCGCAUCAACUGCGACACAUGUGCCUCUCUUGAAACAGCUGGUCUGCCUAUCAUCGAACAAUACUCAGUGGGAUCGGUUGGUGGUUGUUUCCUGGGCCCCCAGAUCCAUAAAUAUCAACAAGCAGUUCCUGAGCUUAGCAGUUGGUCUCCGCUACCCCAGGAUGACUGCCGGCCCACCGGUCCGGGCUCCGAUGUCGCUUUGCAACGCUAUCCUUGGGAUUCUCCAGCGAUCUCCACGCUGGGAUAUUCUGGGCCCAACAAUGUCUAUCCAGUGUCAUUCCGGGUUGUUAUGACGGUAAUCCUAGUUUUUUACAUCAUGAUUCAACCACUGAUGUUUGGUUUCGGGUUCUCUGGCUCGUAUUGGAUUAAGUUGUUGACUAGAUUCGGAGCUGUGUAG